GUCCCGCACGCGCGUUUCCGCGUUUUGUUUACUCCCGUCACGUGCCGACAUGGCGGACUAGACCACUACGAUACCUGAGCCCUCAGCGUGAAUGGCGCAGUAACCGCAGCACGCUGGCGGGGUACACGCGCCACGUGUACGCGGGCGGCGCGAACGCGUACCACGCGCGCGCGCCCGCCGUGCCGCUCAACGCAAAUGGCGAGCCAAUCAAGCUACCUGAGAACCUGGAGAGCCUGCCGCGCGCCGAACACUUCGCCGCACAGAGACACCGCUGGAACACCAAUGAGGAAAUUGCAGCAAUACUCAUCAGCUUCGACAAACACAGCGAAUGGCAGUCCAAAGAAGUCAAAAUACGGCCAAAAAGCGGCUCCAUGCUGCUGUACAGUCGGAAGAAGGUACGGUACCGACGGGACGGGUACUGCUGGAAGAAGCGGAAAGACGGGAAGACCACGCGAGAAGACCACAUGAAGCUGAAGGUGCAGGGGACUGAGUGUAUCUACGGGUGCUACGUCCACUCCGCCAUCCUGCCCACCUUCCACCGACGCUGCUACUGGCUCCUGCAGAAUCCUGACAUCGUUCUCGUCCACUACCUGAACGUGCCCUACCCUGAUGACAACAAGCUGGCGACGGUCGCGCCGAGUCUCGCACUGUGGGCAGACAAGAAGGAGUGGACGAAGGAUGAGCUUGUCAGCCAGUUGAAGCCUAUGUUCUUCAGUGAAGAUGAGCCUGACGUCAACAGCGACUUGGAAAUAUCGGGGAAAAUGUUUCAGACGGCGGAGACGGUUGAGGCGAUAGUUGGGCAGCUCAUGGAGAAACAGCGAGCGGCGAGGGCAGCGGCAUUAGCGCGGCAGCUCGAGUGCGGCUGCCCGGACUCCACCUGCCAGGACUCCAGGACGUGCGUUCACCCUCUGCGCAGGAUCCAAACGGCCAAGCCACCCGCAUCCGAUCACCACGUAUCUUCCACCACAGGCCCAUCGCCGCGACCCAUGAAUCACCCUCCCAGGCAGUACACCAGAGAUCAUCGGACGUCGACGCAAUCGUCACCUCUCCUUCUCUCGCUUGGUCAGAUCCAGGGUGGAGGUGGUCUUCUCAUACUGAAUGGUACCAGCAACUCAGCACAACAGCAUUCGUCUCUAGUCUCACCUCUAUCUGUUACGUCAUUCGUAUGUGAGGAACCACGGGACAGGUACCGGCAGCAGUACAAACCCACUUUUGUGCUAAAACGAGAAAUACCCGAUAGCCAGCAGACGCAUAUAAACAACUCCGAAACUACAUUCAAAGUAGAGGCUCGUAUAGAGGAAAAGGUAGAAAUUGAAAACUUCGAUAGAAAAAUUAAAAUGGAACCGAAGAGUAGAAAUCACAUCAUUGCAAGUGCACCGGCAACGCCCUCGCGGUAUCCCGAUUUAGUCGAACGAUUAGAAAGUAAAAUACAAACAGAGCACAGCGAUGAUACGUUAGUACUUUUAGGAACAGAUAGUCACUUAGAUACUUCUAGUGGAUUCUUUGACGAAACGCUCGAAUUGUCGCAUGAAGACAUACAGAAAACUUUAUCUGCAAAUAUGCCAACGUGUGAAUUAAGUAGGAGCGUUGUACGAUCAACAGAAACGGCCAACGUAAUGGUAUCAGGAAUAGAUACCAUGGACUUUAUAGAGAGUUGUGAAGCAGUCGCGUCACCGACGCACGUAGUAGAUGAUAACGUAUUUGUCAAUUUAGAUGCAUUUGAUAUGCUUGGCGAUUUUCCCGAACUAGAAGUUUUAGAUCCUAGCACAAUUUCAACUAAUCCUCUGACUUUAUGCAACAGUUCACCGCCGGCUCAAGAUAAUAAUGAAAAGAUGCAAACUGAUUGCCCUGCAGAAGUAGCUUUGAACAUAACUGAUUAUUCGCCUGAAUGGGCAUAUCCUGAGGGAGGAGUUAAAGUGUUGGUGGCAGGACCUUGGACAGACACAUCCGAUCAGUAUACGGUUUUGUUUGAUAACUUUCCCGUACCUUCUAUUUUAGUACAGAAUGGCCUCUUGAGAUGUUACUGCCCAGCUCACGAAGCGGGUCUGGCAGCACUUCAAGUAGCUCGAGGAGGUCGAGUGGUAUCUGAUACCGUCGUGUUCGAGUACAAACCAGGACCGACGCUGGUACCAUCAUCACCAGCCUCCGCGCCCCUACCGUCUCUGGAUUUUAGGAGGUUCUCACUGUUGCAUCGAUUUCAAAGGCUCCACGGUCGCUUACAGCUGAAGACUGAGCCGAUGGAUGACAACAAUCAGAUCGAGGAUGUGCAAUUGUACUCAAAUCCAAAAUUCGAAGAUCGGCUUGUCACAUACUGUAAAUCACUAAGCAGUCGGUCAUUUGGGAAUUCUGAAGGCUUUACUACAGAACCCGGAGAAGAUAAUUCGACGAUUCUACAUCUGGCAGCGGCUUUAGGAUAUACAAAGCUUACCACUGUGUUGUUGAGAUGGAAGCAAGAUGAUAAUAGCUUGGCGUUAGAAAAAGAAGUAAAUCUUGGUGCAAGAGACAGUGAGAAUUGUACGCCUUUGAUGGUAGCGAGCGCGGCUGGUCAUGUUGAAACAGCGGUAGUACUAGCACGAUGGAGUGCGGGUACAAGACGUGAGGCGGGCGCCCGCGCUGCCGCCGCCGCAGCGCGUAGAGCCGGGCAUAACAGAUUAGCUGCGUUACUGGACCGCAUACACCCUCCUACGACUAAAAGUCGAGACAGCGUGUUUAGGAGACCGCAAAGUUUGUCGCAGAAAAGCCGUUCAGGCAGCCUGGAAUGUAAUCUUGUGAAACGUCCAUCGAUUGAUAGUGGGAUAAAUAUGGCAGAUGCUUUUAGAUCUAGUUCAGCUAUAGAUAAAACAGAGAGCGCUUCAGCUAGAUGGGAAAGGAGCAUGUCUUUACCUUUAGAUUCUGAUAAUUCUGAGGACAGUCUUGGAGAAAGUAAGAUUGGACGACGAAUGGACCUGGCUCUUUGCGAGACGGCGCGGCGCGCGGCCAGCCCGCUCAUAGACGUGGAGGCGCUGUCCCCCGCCUCCCCCGCCUCCCCCGCGCCGCCGCCCGCCCCCGCCCCCGCAGGGGAACAGGACGAUCGCGUGUUUACAUUAGCUGAACAAAUCAUAGCUGCCAUGCCAGAAAGGAUAAAGAAUGAGAGCUCGUUGCUCAAUUCAUGUGACUUGGAUGGAGGAACGAAUGGCAGUGAAGAUGUGCUUAUGGCUCCAUUGUUGGAUGACACGUCCACUUUCAGUAGCGAGUUUAGCUUUGAAUUUUCUGAUAAUACGUACAGAUACUGCGGCGGAUCCACUCCUUGCUCCUCAGGUUCAGUAUCCCCGGGUUCGGCUCUGUCCCCUCCACCCGCGUCCCCGCGCGCCCCCCUGCCCUCAACUUCGUCCGCCACUCUGCAGGAGUUUCUGAAUACUACUACACACUUCUCCAGCCUAACGUUGAAUGAUCGUGAACAACGCGAGCUAUACUCAGCGGCCAUUACCAUCCAGAAGGCAUACCGCCAGUACCGCGGUCGGCAGCUGCAGCGCCGCGCCGCCGCCGCCGCCAUCACCAUACAGAACUGCUACAGGCGGUACAAGCAGUUCGCGUACUUGAAACAAAUGCACGCUGCGGCGACGGUGAUCCAACGUAGCUUCCGCUCCCUGCGCGAGAGGCGCGCAAGUUCCAGCACAACGACGACCACCAUCAAACGGACAUAUUCGCAACGACGUCAGAAUCAGGCCGCGAGGAAAAUUCAACAAUUCAUGAGGCAGUCCAAAAUUAAAUUGCAGAGCGUACGAGCCGAAAGCGCGAGGGAGGACCUGCUGUCCCAGGCUGCCCGCCCAAGCUCGUCGCAGCCCAUCACCAGUACACCGCCCACACCCAAUAGAAUCAUCGACUACUUGGCACCCGAAUCACCGAUGAAUGCCGACGACGACCUGCUGAUCGAGCUUCUGUUCAAGAUGUGACCUGACGCAACAAAACAUUAUUUCUACGAUGCUUCCUGCGUUUUCAUUUCGGUAAUAUUGUUCCUUUACUCGACUCUAGGAAUUCUUCAAAUUGGUUACUCGAAUCGACUGUGAGGUCACAAUCGCUCAUCGAGAGUGGACUAUUGCAUACUGCCUUUCUUUCCAUUUGAAUGUUAAGCGAGAUUUAUUAGAGUUGUAGACUCAGGCCUGGUCAUUACUCUAGUAUUCGUAGUUUGCUAAUGCUGUUUCGAGUUAACUCCUCUUUCACUGUUUAUUUUGUCGUUCUUAGAUGCCUUCGAUGUUGUCUUCGUUUUGUCUUUUUUUAACUCUUCAGGUCAUAGACAGGGUUAUAUUUAGUAUAAAUUUUAUCGUAUUUGUAUUAUAUUUUCAUAAUGUAUUUUUGAGAGAUUUGUUUAUGGCGUUUAUCGGAAUUAUAUUUUUGAAGACUAAAUUAAAUGUCGUGUAAUUUUCUUAGAACAUCUGUAAUGUUGGCAACGUAUUACAAGAAAUUUUUAAAUUCACCGACGGCACUACUGAAUUUAUGAGAGUAAAAUUUUUGAGCGGUUGCGAUAAUAUUAAGAAUUAUCAAUUUUUGUUUUUCGCUUUUGCAAAAUUUUGAGAUUUUGAAAAAUGAAACGAAAUUUCUCUUUUAUUUUCAUGGUGGAGUUAAAAAGUAAGUAGGUUAAGUACAAAUUCAAAUUAUUAAAAAGCCACUGUUCUAAUAAUGUAGAUGCACCUAGCGUAUAAUACAAUAAACCCGACGAGCUGUGAGUAUUUUGAGAUUUUAUCGUAUUUAAGAAAAAAUACUUAGUUUUACUAUUGGUCUAAUGUUUACCGUAUAGGUUUCAUUCCAGCCUAAAUAGAAUAAAAUCUUCUUAGUCUCUGACUACAGAUAGCAAACAUCUGAAGAUUCAAACCCUUUCUCGUCAACGGUUUUCAGUUAUUUAGAUUGUUUUUCUUUAUCCUUGUUGAUUACUUUUAAAUUAUAAUGUAUCGUUGUUUAUUAUUAAAUUUUUCGAUUUCCCCACCCCUAGUUCCUAUUACAACAGCUAUUAAAUAUUAAAAGUAUCUAUUAAACUUAGUUCAUUAGAUAUAUUAUAAUUUCGGUUUUAGACUCUUAAUAAAGCUAAAUGCCAUACUACUCUAGCGUUCAUGAAAAAAAAUGGUUGUGCACCACCUAAUAUAGAAAUAAAUACCUAAAUAUUCCCUUUUUCUGAAUUCUCUGAUAUUUUAAUGUAGUUAUAGAUACUCGAUUAAGAUAGAAGUAAUCAUAGCUUAACCAUAAGACGACGUGCAGCCGUCGAGAUAUUUUCGAUUCGUAUUUUUAUAAAGCAAAAGUUACGAAUGAAUAUGGUUGCUUUGCUUGUGCAGGGCCAUUGAACACAUUCCUUACUUACUUUAUCGACACCACAAUCUUUCAUUUCUUCUUCGUUAACGAGUUUUGUUACAGUAAUUACCGUUCCUUUGUAUUCAAAAAAUUAAAAUGAUUUAACUUUAGGAAUUUUAGCCAUAAUUAUGUUAAUUGAGACACGAAAGGCCCGGAGUUGUAUCGUGAGUGUGAAGUAUAUUAUUAACAAUAUUCGCAGUUUUUGCAAUCGUUUACGAUUAAUUAAAUCUAUUUUCCUCUCUUUAAUCGUUGUAUCGUGGAAUAGAUUUUUGAAAAUCGUUAAUAGUAUACUGGUGAAUGAAAUUUAUGAGAGUAACGCGACGCAGUUCGAAAAUAACCGUCCAGAAGUGGCGGCUUUUGGCACCCUCUGGUGGCGAAGAAGCUAAAGUCGUAGAGCCGAGAGACAAACUUGACGAAUAUCGAUAUGACGCGAGUUGCUCGCAACGCACUGGGCACCCGAGGGCGCACGAAUGCAACAUGUACAUUUUCUAUUUUUGGAUUGCUAACUUUAAGAUGUUAUAUUUAUAUAUGUAUACGUAGGAGCGGCGGAUACGAACAGUAUUUCGAUGUGUAUUUCGCCAAAAGUUUUGAUGUAUUAAUUUUCCAUGAAAUUCUCUCGUUUUAGUUUUCGAAUAAAAUAUAGUAAGUUUAGCUCGUGGUCAUGUAUAUAUUUUUGGAGGGCGUGCACGAUUGCUUCUGGGAUGUCGCAGGACGAAACUAAUAUUUUUAACUCACUUCCUUCGAAAGCAAUAAUAUUUUUGGGAUCGUCUCCGAUAUAGAUAAAGUAUUUUUUCAAUGCGAUCGUCACCGACAGUCGAACUUUAGGACGCUUUUUAGUGACACCGCGGGAUGAGCUCCGAUUUGUUAGGAUGUUGAUUUUCUUAGAUUACUUUGCGACGAAUAAAGCCCAGUAUUUCUGUAGUCAUUUAUAAAUAUUGUAGUGCUACUUACACUAGUCGGCAGAUUGCAAAACCCGGGGAGCUCAUUUCCACGGUGGUUGAUUGACCACAGCUAAAACAUAGAGCACUAGAAGUAGAUCUAGUUAGAUAAAUUACUACUUAUAUGAAUGAAAUAAAGAAAAUCUUGAAAUCUAUACAUAGAUUUUAAAAUUAAAAGUUUAACUAAUACUUUUUAUUAUUAUAUUAUAUAAGAAGCUUGUUCACACAUUUUAAAAUCGUAUUUAGAUUAAAGUUAAGGUUAAAGCGAGUAUUGAGGUGAGCGAGUGGAGAGAUUUUGGAUAUAAGGUUGAGUUUUAAUUUUCGUGGGUUGUUCCUAUUUGAGUGCUUACGUAAAUAUAUUUCAUUAAUGAACGGUUUCACAUUCUUAGCAUAAUAUUUUAAAUUAGUGUUUCUUUUACCGUUUUUUGAGUGCUAAGCGCCGUUGUUAUUAUUGUGGCAAGUUGUAAAUUUAUCGUUUUCAAUGUUUGCAAUAUUUCUUAUUAAUAGAUUAUCUUCAUGAUCUAUUUUAUUGUUUUUCAGAAGCUAGUACUGUCCAAAGCUUUCGUUUAGUUCUGUUUUUUCAUCAUUAUAAUUAUAAUGAUAUGGUUCUUUGUAUCUUUAUGAAAGGAGUGAAGUUAGUUAGGAGCAACAAUGGUUGCAUUGAUGGAUCGAAAUUAUCAGACUGAUUGGAUGUUAGCAUUUCGUAAAACGUGUUUUCCCAUUUCCCUUUUUCAUAUAAGAUAUAAGUAACAAUUUGUAGUUAUUUAGGUUUCUUUGUUAGCUGUUGUUUGGUUAUUGACGUAAACACUCAAGUAAAUAAUAUUAUAUCUUAUGUACAAUGUUAAGCCAAAGGCGACUUAUUUUGAAAUUGUGAUAAUAUAGCGGUUGGUUUGGCGCGUUUAAAGUAUAUAAUUUAGGAUAGACUAGGCGAUACGUUGUUUUAUAGCUUCUAGUACUACGGUAGCUUGCUUGUGUUGUUCAGGUUGAAAUUGUGUUUGUAUUGUUAAAAAUAGUUACUUUUAAUUUGUCUGUUUUAACACUUCCAUCAUGGGUAUCGCAGACACAACAUAUUUAAAAUUGCUAUGCGGCAGCCAGCUGCCGCUUGGGGGUUGAUGGGUUUAAUGUUCUACAGCUCUAAUUUUAUUAACGUGAGUUUUAUUAAGUUCCGCUGGAACUAUCAAAACUAUUUUUGACCCUUUGUGGUCAAAAUUGAGAUUCUUUGAGGUGAACAUAAAAAUAAAUCCAUUCCAGUCUUUAUCAUUCAAAUCAUUGUCAUAACUCAUAAGUCACCGUUGCCUUGCAUGAUACGUUAAGUAAUAAAACUUUUAUUAUAAGAUAAAUUCCCUUGCAAUCGAAUGCAAUAUCAACCUGUGCAACUAUUUUAGUCAAAAGCCUGCCUAACUAUAACAUUGCAUAUCACUUUAUAUUGUUCAACGUACAUUGCGUUUCUGUAUGAUUGUUUUUUUUUUUUGGUCGAGGGAUAUAAUUAUUAUUUGCUCUUAAAAGGUUUAAAAUUUUUACCAAAUUUUGAGCUCGUUAUUCGUUUUUGCCGUUUUUUUAACAUAAUAUAUAUAAUUUUUAUCAUUUUAAUAAAUAAUCAGGCUUGAUAAUAUCUCCCUCUACUAAAAUACACUAUGGCUCGCUUGCGAUUGUUACAACAAGUUUUCAACAAAUUCUUAUUAUCCAGUGAUGGAUUUAAAAUAACAUGUCUUAAGCUGCUCCCGACUUGAAAUUGCAGCUAAAAACUUUGUUGAUUCUGUUGUAACAGUCUGAAGAGCUAUAUUAUUUAGAUGCCAAUUGAGUUGUUGUACAUAUUUAUAUGAAUUUUUGUGUAUUUGUUGAUUUUGAUGUAAAACAUUCCUUAAGCAAUAACUUAAAAGAUAAUUGAUUAUAUGAAAUGUAAUAAGUUAUUUUUAGUUUUCGAUGUAAAAGUAUUUUUGUUUGAUAAAG